AUGGCGUCAGCAUCAGUAAGAAAUGAUUUGCUCAAAGGAACAAGAAAUCACCGAAGCUGGCCAUCGAGGAGUUUCAGGGCAACAUGGACGACAUCUAAUGAUAUCUUCAAUGUAAGAAGUGAACACAGCCACAAAGAUAAUGAAGAGGAUCUCAAAUGGGCUGCCAUAGAACGCUUACCAACGAUGGAUCGCAUGAGAAGAGGGGUUCUACGGCUUGUUCUUGAUAAUGGAAAGGUUGUGUAUUGCCCAGUUGAUGUCACGAACCUUGGGUUACAGGAUAAGAGGCAGCUAUUGGAGAGUGUACUGAAAUUUGUGGAGAAUGACAAUGAAAAAUUCAUACGUAAACUUAGAGACAGAAUAAAUAGGGUGGGGAUUGAAAUUCCAACUAUUGAAGUUCGAUUUGAGAAUUUAUCAGUGGAGGGAAAUGUGCAUGUUGGAAGUAGGGCACUUCCCACCCUACUUAAUGUUACUCUCAACACUUUUGAGAGGAUUCUGGUAUUGUUUCACCUUGCACCUUCCAAGAAGAGAAAACUUCAUAUUCUUAAAGAUGUUAGUGGAAUCAUCAAACCAUCAAGGAUGACCCUACUGUUAGGACCUCCAGGUGCAGGGAAAACAACAUUGCUUCUAGCACUUGCAGGGAAGCUUGACAGAGAUUUAAAGGUUUCUGGGGGAAUCACUUAUUGUGGCCAUGAGCUAAAUGAAUUUGUUGCUAAGAAAACGUGUGCCUAUAUUAGUCAACAGGACCUACACUAUGGAGAAAUGACAGUCAGAGAGACCUUAGAUUUUUCAGGACGUUGUCUAGGUAUUGGCACAAGAUAUGAAAUGUUGGAAGAACUUUUAAGGAGGGAAAAAGGAGCAGGAAUUAAGCCGGACACUGAGAUUGAUGCAUUCAUGAAGGCUACAGCCAUAUCAGGCCAAAAAACCACGUUGGUAACAGAUUAUUUUCUCAAGAUACUUGGAUUAGAUAUUUGUGCUGACGUUAUGGUAGGUGACGACAUGAGACGCGGUAUUUCUGGUGGACAAAGGAAACGUGUCACAACAGGCGAGAUGCUAGUAGGACCGGCAAAGGCACUUUUUAUGGACGAAAUAUCAACAGGAUUGGAUAGUUCCACCACUUUUCAAAUAUGCAAGUUCAUGAGGCAAAUGGUUCAUAUCAUGGAUGAAACCAUGGUGAUAUCUCUUCUACAACCAGCACCAGAGACAUUUGAACUAUUUGAUGACAUUAUCCUACUUUCAGAAGGUCAAAUUGUGUACCAAGGUCCACGUGAGAAUGUGCUAGAGUUCUUCGAAAACAUGGGUUUCAAAUGUCCUCCAAGAAAAGGAGUUGCUGAUUUUUUACAAGAAGUAACGUCUAAGAAAGAUCAACAACAAUAUUGGUUUAGAAGAGAUGAACCUUAUAGAUAUGUUUCAGUUCCUGAAUUUGCCGAGUCUUUCCAUUCGCUUUACAUAGGAGAACAACUUGCAACACAGCUUAAGGUUCCUUAUAAUAAGAGCCAAACCCAUCGUGCUGCCUUAGUUAGAGACAAGUAUGGUAUAUCCAAUCGGGAACUAUUGAAGGCAUGUUUCUCAAGAGAAUGGUUGCUUAUGAAACGUGACAUAUUUGUUUACAUAUAUAGGAUAAUACAGUUAACUGUCUUAGCUGUUUUUAGCUUCACUUUGUUCCUUAGAACUGAAAUGCCAGUAGGCACUGUUCAAGAUGGACAGAAGUUCUUUGGAGCGCUAUUUUUUUCACUGAUAAAUAUGAUGUUUAAUGGGUCAUCAGAACAAGCCAUGAUUGUUUCUAGGCUUCCUGUCUUUUACAAGCAAAGGGAUUCCAUGUUCUAUCCUGCAUGGGCAUUUGGGUUACCGAUAUGGGUUCUCAGGAUCCCCGUCUCAUUUGUGGAAUCAGCAAUAUGGAUUUUACUCACGUACUAUACAAUUGGGUUUGCUCCUUCAGCUAACAGAUUUUUCCGACUAUUCUUGGCAUUAUUUGGCGUUCAUCAAAUGGCUAUAUCUCUUUUCCGGCUUGUUGGUGCAAUUGGUAGAACACGAGUUGUUUCUAAUAUAUUGAGUGGCUUGAUUUAUCAACUAGUGUUUGUGCUUGGAGGAUUUAUUGUCGCCAAAAAUGAUAUUAAGCCAUGGAUGAUAUGGGGUUAUUACGUUUCUCCUAUGAUGUAUGGUCAGAAUGCCAUAGUGAUAAAUGAAUUUUUAGAUGAAAGAUGGAGCAAACCAAAUACAGACUCAAGAAUUGAUGCACCUACCAUCGGAAAAUUACUGCUCAAGUCUAGAGGCUUUUAUACUGAAGAUUAUUGGUUUUGGAUAUGCAUUGGAGCCUUGUUCGGGUUUUCUCUUCUUUUCAAUUUUCUCAGCAUAGCUGCAUUGACUUAUUUGAAUACGCCCGGUGAUUCAAAAGCAUUCGUCACAGAAGAAGAUGAAAAGAAGAAUGAAAAGGCAAUCCCAAGACAACAUGAGAUUGAAGAUAUUAUAUUUCUCAUGCAAUUCCAAUUAUUGAUUGACGGUAUUGUGGAAAACUUAUUCGGAAUUGCAGGUUCUUCUCAUCAAGGACAAAGAACAAGAAUGGUCCUGCCGUUUCAACCUCUUUCACUUGCAUUCAAUCACGUGGACUACUACGUUGAUAUGCCUGCUGAAAUGAAAAGUCAAGGAAUCAAUGAAGAUAGACUUCAACUACUACAUGAUGCAAGUGGUGCUUUUAGACCAGGCGUAUUAACAGCACUUAUGGGUGUUAGUGGUGCUGGGAAGACAACCCUUAUGGAUGUAUUAGCUGGAAGAAAAACAGGAGGGUACAUUCAAGGAAGUAUUAGCAUCUCAGGUUACCCAAAGAACCAAGCAACAUUUGCUCGUGUUAGUGGCUACUGUGAACAGAAUGAUAUUCAUUCUCCAUAUGUUACUGUAUAUGAAUCAUUAUUAUUUUCAGCAUGGCUUCGCCUUCCUUCAAAUGUGAAUAGACAAAUGAGAAAGAUGUUUGUUGAAGAAGUUAUGGAAUUGGUUGAGCUUAAACCAAUCAAAGAUGCACUUGUGGGCCUUCCAGGAGUGGAUGGUUUAUCAACAGAACAAAGGAAAAGGCUUACAAUUGCUGUAGAAUUGGUUGCCAACCCUUCAAUUAUCUUCAUGGAUGAACCAACAUCUGGGCUUGAUGCUAGAGCUGCUGCUAUUGUCAUGCGAACUGUGAGAAACACUGUAGACACUGGGAGGACCGUUGUGUGCACAAUUCACCAACCAAGCAUAGACGUUUUUGAAGCUUUUGAUGAGUUAUUAUUGAUGAGAAGAGGAGGACAAGUUAUCUAUGCAGGACCUCUUGGUCGUCAUUCACAAGAGCUCGUAGAAUAUUUUGAAACUAUUCCAGGGGUUCCAAAAAUCAAGGAUGGCUAUAAUCCUGCCACAUGGAUGCUUGAGGUCAGCACUCCUUCAAUUGAGGUUCAACUUGGCAUAGAUUUUGCUGAGAUUUAUGCUAAUUCUACACUUUACCAGAGGAAUCAAGAGCUUAUCAAAGAGCUUAGUACUCCAGCACCAGGUUCCAAUGACCUAACCUUCCCAACAAAAUAUUCCCAAUCAUUCUUUGUGCAGUGCAAAGCAUGUUUUUGGAAACAAUACUGGUCAUAUUGGAGAAAUCCUCCGUACAAUGCCGUUCGACUCCUCUUCACAUUAGCCAUUGGGUUAAUGUUUGGUCUAAUAUUUUGGAAUAAAGCCAAAAAUAUCCAAAAGCAACAAGAUUUAAUGAAUCUUUUAGGAGCCAUGUACUCUGCUGUGAUGUUCCUUGGAACCAUGAACGCUAUGGGAGUGCAACCAAUCAUUGACAUAGAAAGAACUGUAUUGUAUCGUGAAAGAGCAGCAGGAAUGUAUUCAGCAUUGCCCUAUGCAAUUAGUCAGGUGGUAAUUGAAACACUUUAUAAUGCCGUUCAAACGGGCAUUUACAUUAUCAUCAUCUACUCCAUGAUGGGGUUUGAAUGGAAGGCGGGAAAAUUAUUUUUAUUCUACUAUUUCAUGCUAAUGUGCUUUAUCUACUUCACAUUAUAUGGUAUGAUGAUUGUUGCUCUAACUCCAAGUUACCAAAUUGCUUCCAUUUGUAAUUCAUUCUUCUUGAGCGUUUGGAACUUGUUUUCUGGCUUUGUCAUUCCUAGGACGCAAAUUCCUAUAUGGUGGAGAUGGUACUAUUGGGCUUCUCCUAAUGCAUGGACGAUCUAUGGCCUUGUUACCUCUCAAUUGGGUGACGAAAUUGCUCAAGUGCAAAUUCCAGAAGCUGGACACAUGGGGCUGAAGGAACUUCUGAAGGAAAACUUGGGUUAUGACUAUCACUUCCUCCCAGUGGUUGCUGUUGUUCACAUAGGCUGGGUUCUCCUUUUCUUGUUUGUUUUUGCUUAUAGCAUUAAAUUGUUCAACUUCCAAAAAAGAUGA